AUGCCUGGCAGGGCAGUCCACUCAGAGUACACGCAGUGGAAGUCAGAGCCAGAGAACAUGAGCGUCCGGGAGAAAAGCGGCAGAGCAGAUCGGGAAGUGGUCGUUGUGCGGAGUAUAGACCGGAGCCGUGGCGGGCUGGCGGGAGACGAGGGGGCGGAACCUUGUGGCAGGACCCCUGAGCUCGAGUCUGAGACAGACGAGGAGUCCCCUCGUUCGGACCGGAACAGGCUGAGCGAGAACACGCGCUUGGCCACCCGGUACGCGGUCCGGAUCUUCAGGGAGUAUCUAAGCGACAAAGCGCAAAGUCCCGACUUUGAAACUCUGGGAAAGGAGGCCCUGUGCGCUGUGCUGCGCUCCUUUUACGCAGAGGCGCGCUCCAAAAGCGGCCAGCUGUACAGCAAGUCCUCUCUCAUCAGCAUCCGCAGCUCGCUGAACCGCUACCUGAACGAGCCGCCGUACUGCCGCACUUUGGACCUCACCAAGGACCCCGAGUUGCGCGGUGCCAACUUGACCCUGGCGGCUGUCAUACGCAAACUGGAGGAGCAGGGCGCCGGACCAGUGGUCCAGAAGCAGGCCAUCACCCGCUGCGACCUCCGCACCCUGUACACCUGCAGCAACUUUGACGGCCAGACGCCCUUCGGACUGCUGAACAAAGUGUGGUUCGAGACCUGCAUGUACUUCUGCACCAGGGGGAGAGAAAACCAGCGCGAGUUGGAGGAGGACUCGUUUGGCUUGGCUGUGGACGACGACGGUAGGAAGUUCGUCUACUUUAAAGCCUUCGGGCCUUACCACAAGUCCCGCUCCGCGUCCUGGGCUAAGAAGCGCCCCGAGUCGGACGAGGACACGCUGCCGCGGAUGUACGAGACCGGAACCGAGUUCUGCCCCUACGCCAGCUUUGUGAGGUAUGUCUCCAGACGGAAUCCCCUCUGCCGUGCUUUUUUCCAGCGCCCCCGGGACCACUGCUGCCCCGGUGACGCGACGUGGUACGAGAACAAAGCCAUCGGUAAGAACCUGCUGGGGACGAGGAUGCAGAUGCUGUCGCGCGCCGCGAAGCUUUCAAAGACCUACACCAAUCACUGCAUCGGCGCCGUCUCCAUAGCGACGCUCAACAGCAUCGUGGGCGUCGGGUCCGAGGUUGCCGCGGUCUACGUCUCCACCGAGGCGAUCCACGGCGUCGGGCAGUCCCAGAUCCAGCUGGUCAUCCCGUACCUCCGGCAAGUGGCCGACUCUGUGGAUCUCCGGUCGAUAAGGGCCCUGAAGAGGGUCCUGACGCGGCGUCCCGCUGAGGAUAUCGAAGCCCCCCUCUCCAAGAAACUCUGCGACGGCUUGGAAGAGUCCCGCGGGAACUUGAAUGAGGAGACCACCGGUGCGUCAGAGAGACUUUUAAACGUUUCCGUUGGUGACGAACAGACCACCACCCUGACCACGGUCCCGUCACAGGACAGGCGGGGCACGAGCACCAUCAGCAGUAUGAGCUCCGCCUCCCCUGCACCUCCACCCCCCUCGGCUGGCAUCCCCACCGUGGCCCGGCUCACCAAAUCAAACGCACCCGUCCAUAUUGAUGUUGGGGGCCACAUGUACACCAGCAGCUUGGCAACGCUCACUAAGUUCCCAAACUCACGUAUCGGUCGUCUGUUCGACGGGACAGAGCCCAUCGUGCUGGAUAGCCUGAAGCAGCACUACUUCAUUGAUCGUGAUGGUCUCAUGUUCCGCUACGUACUCAACUUCUUGCGGACCUCAAAGCUCCUCAUACCAGAUAACUUCAGUGAGUACUGCGCGCUGUACGAGGAGGCCCAGUUCUUCCAGCUGGAGCCCCUGCAGGCGGAGCUGCGGCGCUGGAGGAGCGAGCGGCGGUCCGAGGCCCUCGAUGAACACGCGUGCAGCCGGUGCGUCGUGGUCCACGUGGCCCCUGAGGCGGGGGACCGGGUCUCCCUGAGCGCCGACCGCAGCGUCGUCCGCGAGGUGUUCCCUGAGCUGCAGGACGCUGUGCGGGUCUCCGGCUCUGGGGAGCAACCUACCACGCACGCCGUCCGCUUCCCGCUGCCCGCGCACUGCCGCCUCCACUCUGUACAGGUGCUGGAGCGGUUGCAGCAGAAGGGCUUCCAGAUAGCGGCGGCGUGCGGCGGGGGGGCUGACGCGUCGCAGUUCAGAGAGUAUGUUCUGCUCAGAGGCAAAGGAAGAGGCGACCCACAGCCCGUCAAACAGGAGCCACUGGAAUGA